AUGGCUCAAACUAUAUCUCAAACACCUUUUUCAAAAUCUUAUAAAGAUAUAAAUAUUGUUAAUAAUAAUUAUAAUCAUUAUGGAAAUUCAAUCUUGACAAAUCAUUCAAAAUCAAUAUUAACAAAUCAUUCAUAUCAAAGUACAACUCAUAGUACAAAUAGUUAUAAUACUAUUCAUCAUCAAGAUGAUGACGAUCAUGAUGAUCAAAUUAUUGAAUUAAAUUCAAACAACUUCACAAAAAGAAAAUUUAAUUAUAAAUCUCUUAUACCUGAAUCAACAAAAGUUAAAAAAUUUCUGAAAAAUUUAGAUCAAGAUUCAUUUUCAAUUUUUUCAACAAGAUCCCAGACAACCAAAAUAACAAUAAAUUCACUUCCUUUUGAAAUUUUUAAAAAUAUUGCAUUUUUUGUAUCAAAUGAUUAUAAAUCAAUGAUUAAUUUACUUUAUGUUAAUAAACAAUUCUAUAAAGCUAUAAAACCAUUUUUUUAUAAUGAUCCAAUGUUAACUUCAACUUAUAGAGUUGCUCAAUUAAUUACAUCAUUAAGACAAUUCCCUGAAAAUGGGCUUUUAAUUAAAAAAUUGGAUUUAUCAAAUUUAAAACCUGGUAAUUAUGAACAUGGUGUUAAUGAUGAUCAAACAGAUGAUGAUGCUAUGGACUCAUAUGCUUUAGCUUCAUGGAGAGAUUGGAAAUAUAGAGGUGAUCCAUUAUAUGGUUCAACAAUGUUAAAUUCUUAUAAUUUAUUUAAAUCAAAAUCUUCAUCAAGUUUAAAUUCAAAUACUUCAUCAAUAAAUAAAUUAAACAAGUUUAAAUAUUUGGAUGAUAUGAAUAUAAAAUUUAAACAUUUAUUAAUUUUUUGGAAAAAAAAUAUAAGACCAAAUGGUAAAAAACGUUCAAGAUCAUUAUCAAGUUCAAAAUUAUUUAAUUCAAAUUCAAUAAAAAAAACUAAAAAUAUUGAACUAAUUCAACCUACUGACUCUGUUAAAUUAGAUACAUCAAAUACCAACAAUACAAAAAUUCAAUUUAGAAAUCCUAAAAAUCAACCAUUUAUUGAUCAUCAUCCAUAUACAAAUAAAUUUUUAUUAAAAUAUUCAAAUUCAAAUGAUUUACCAAUAGGUUAUAUUUUUUAUUUUAUUGACCUAUGUCCAAAUUUAACAUCAUUAAACCUAAGUAAAGUUUCAUUAUCAAUAGAUUUUAAAAUUAUUUAUCCUAAACCUGGAAAUUUUAAAUUUAGUUCAUUAGUUGAAGAUGUGUUAUCCAUUAAUAAUUCAACCCAAGAAGAAUCUUUAUUACCAUUUUAUCUUAGUGAUUCAAAUAUUUAUUUUAAUAUUAAGACAUUCCAAAAUCAUUUUCAAAAAAUUUGGGAAUCUGAUAUUCUUUUAAAAUUAACACAAUUACAAAAUUUGAAAAAUUUAAAUUUAUCUUCUAUAUCAUGGUUGAAUUUUAAAACCCUUAGAGAAUUUAAAUUAAAUUCCCUAUCAAUCCAAAAUCAAUCAUUAACUGAAAUUAAUUUAUUAAAUAGUGGAAUGAUUAGAAAUUUAAAUUGGGCGAAAAAUUUCUCAAAAAUUGAUGAAUUUAAUGAUUAUUUCCAAAAUGAUGUUGAACCUGAACAACCUCAACAAGAAAAUAUAAUGAGAAAUGUUGGUAUGAAUUAUUAA